CCGUGACGUAGUAGACCAGACUAGCUGCUGCAUUCACUAACAUUUGGGACGUUGAAGAAAGCUUGACCCAACGACGGCAAGAGAAGUCAGCAAGAAGAGGAGUUGGUAAAAAAAAAAAGAAAAAAACAAUGGCUUCUCCAAAUCAAGCACAGGAAGAUGAGGUGGAAGAAGUGGAGUUUGUCUCAGAGGGGCCUCUUAGACCAGUAUUAGAUUGCAUUGAUCUGUUGAGCGAUAGUGAUGAAGAGGGAUGUUCAUCACUGCCAGUCUUGACUGAGGACAAAAUUAGCCAGCACAAAGCGCACGUCACAUCUACGCUGGACAGACUGGCUCACCAGGUGGCUUUGGAGAAAAAGGAGAGAGCAAAGAAAUGUAGAGCAUUCAAGGAGAAGCAGAUUUUACAAAAAGCUCACGGACAGCAGGAGCUGGCUGUGAGUUCUGCCAACCGAGUUAAUCAAGACGCAAGGCGCUGCGUGGAAAUGUGGCUGAAAAUGCCAGGUGUUAAACCCGGGCUGAUCAGUGCUGGUUCAGGUAGAAGACCCCCCUCCUCUUCCUUCCCAAAGAACAGCUUGACAAGACAGACGUGUCCUGUGAUCAACUGUGGGCGUGUCUAUGACAACGCUUCGCUGCUUGACGGACAUUUAAAAAGGUUUGACCAUUCUCCAUGUGACCCAGAGAUCAGCCUCAGAGGAAGUCCAUUCGAGCAGUUCGCCUGUGUGGCGUGCAGUCAACAUUUUCCGUCCAAAGAUGCAUGGAGGCGGCAUGUGGAGACAAAGGCCUCCUCGUCCAGCUCUGACGGUCACAGUGGAGAUCAGACCUAUCAGCGGAUCGUGUGCUUCGCCUGCCCCGCCUGCUACCUGCUCUUCAACCUUCGAGACGAGUGUCUUCAGCACAUGUCGGCCAGAAACCACUUCACACAUUCAUUUGCUCUGAAAGAAAGCAAAGAAGCAGCAAUGCCGGUUCCUGUCCCUCAGCAUGUAAAGAAUCGUCUCAUCGCUUUGUGCAAGGAUACGGCAUUCACCGUGCGCUGCUCUUUAUGCCACAAAGUACUGACAUCACACCAAGCGGCUCAAGCUCACUUUAAUGUGCACUGCAGGCAAGGCUGCGCCGUGGCCAAGGCAGAGAAAACGGUAGUGGAAGUCAUGAAGCAGCUCCUGGUAAAGGGACAGUGCACCGUCUGCUCUAAAGUCUUUUUCACCAAAGCUGAGAUGGAGAAGCACACAGAAUCGACGCAGCAUGACGUUGAGGUCAAUCAAACGGUGGUACAAGCUCUUCUUCAGUACGGCAGGUUCCAUAGAGCACAGCAGGAGCAGAGGCGUUCCUUUCAAAAAAGACCCCGGGAGGAGAAGGAUCGGGGUGAGGAUUCGGUCAAGCAGCGGAGGUUGACUCCAGGUGUGCAUUCCAGCAGUAGCAGAACCUCGGAGACCGCGUGGUUCUGCGAGUGCGGCCUGCAGUUCCCGGAGGAGGGUGUGGCCACCAAGCAUCUUCUGGCCGUGAACCAGAUUUUCCACCUGUGUGGCGUGUGCAGCAAACUCAUGGGAGAGUCUUCCAUCGCCAGCCUUCACAUGAGCCGCUUCCAUGGCGGAGCGCACCUCUCCAACUUCCUGUACUUCUGCAGGAAGUGCAACGUUGAAAUGCCGCGAUUCGAAGACAUCCUGUCUCAUGUGUCCGACGUUCACAGAGGACACACCUACAUCGCAGAGCAAGAAGUGCCUGACGAUCUCCAGGCCAAACCCUCCACCAGCAGCGAAGCCGCCACGUCCUCUUCCGGCAGAUCCAAGGUCCAGCAGAACACCGUCGAGACGUCGUCCUCCGUGGCACGCGGCCUCACCUGGAUGUGCAGGAUGUGCGAGGACGUCUUCGACUCGGAAGUUGCCAUCCGCAAACACUGCAGUGACAUCAGCAGCCACAGCUUUCAGAGGUUUAUCUGUGGACACUGUCCCCAAAAGUUCUUCAAGGAGUCCACCGUGAGAAGACACUGCACGAACGAGCACGGCGGGGACAUAAAGAGUUGGUACUUUUGCGGCCUCUGCGACAGCAUGCAGAUGGAUUCUGAGGCCGAGCUCCUGGAGCAUUACCGGAGCCUUCACAGCAGGGAUUACUGCUGCAUGGACGACGCCGACGUUCUCCAACCGGCUGCUGCGAUGCUUCCUCUGGACUGUCCCUGCAUGUCUUCAGAAGGCAACAAGGAAACAGUGACGGGGGUUUAUACCAGAUGCAUGAAAGAGUUGGCUGCAGAGGGGAAAUGCCAGUACGUGUGUCCUCCCUGCAGCGUGUCCGUGCCAACGUACGCGCAGAUCAAGACUCACGUGCACACAAAGCACCCCAGCCUGAACCUGGACAAGACAUUUGAAGUACAAUGCAACAUGUGUCACCAGAGUUAUAUGGGUGUUCCAGGUUUCCAUAAACACUAUCAUCACUGUCACUGCACGCUAGAGCCCUGCAGGAGCUCCAGGAAGAGCUCAGAGGCAGAGCCCACUCGUGUGGAGGUCAAAGCACACAAACGCCAGAUCCAGGAUGAAACUCUGGGGAAGUUUCUGAAAGACGAUCAGAUCAACAACGAAAGAGAUGAAACUGCCAUGGAGACCUCUGAUGAUGAGAUGAAACACGCUCUGCCUGUAAGUGCAGAAGAAGCCAGAGAGUCAGCAGAGUUGGAGGAAGCUCUUCAGAGAAGUCUUGUGGAGUUCUAAGUGCUUUCUAAAUGAAGUAGUUCCUGUUGUUCACCUGUCACGUUGACCUUUUUUACUCAAGGUCAUUGUUUUCAGAAGUUAUAAAUAAAAGUCAUGAAUUAUUUGAAUUGAUUUACUUCCUUUAGCAGCCAAAGUCAGCAGUUCUUGGGGCAGACAGUGGGUUUUAAAGCUAGUUAGAAGCUGAGGGUUUAUAAAAAGUCAGACGUUCUAAACAUUGAAGCUAUGUGUCACGUGUUCACACACACACACACACACACACACACAGGAUUGUGGUGACACAGCUAGAUGCCUGGGCUGACCUCGUGACCGCAGACCAACCGCUCCUCCACCUCUCUGGUUUCACUACAGACGUGAGGAUUCUCUUUACCGGCUGCUCAGACGUCAGAAAUGAAUGAGCAGAAAUUGUAUUUUUUCUACAGAAAAGUUUGUAUGAAACAUCAUUACAUGAGUUCAACUUAAAGAAAAAGGUUUUUUGUGUAAAAGUGUGAGUGAAUAACAGGGACAGAACGGUUUUCCUAAAAAGUACUCUCUGUGAAAAUAUUUUUCUUUAAUAAAGAUAUAAUAACGGAG